AUGGGCGAUGUCAGCUUCCAGACACACGGAGGAGAACGACAAACUCGAUCCGUAGCCAGCGGUGCUACAGGAAAUUCUGCAACCGAAAGUGAAACAAACGUGAUGCAGAUUCAUGUUCCCACAAAACGGCAACAGAUAUUUGCAGCUUCAUUACCUAAUCAAGCUAACCCUGGAAUGGCAUUUGUGAAAAAAGACAAUUUGAUUACAGUAAGUGAUCCCGGAUUUAAAGCAAGUUCUAACAAAGCGUUUAACUAUCCGAUUGCCGGUGAAACACCAUCACCUGUCGCACUGCAUCACAGAUCUUUCAACUUCCCUGGAAUUGAACCACAGCCAGAACUUGGGAGUAAUACAGCUGCAACGACCGGUCAAAAUGGAGGUAGCUCUGCUAGAGUUGGGGGAACAUCUAAUCUUGACGUUUUAACGGGAUUGUCGGCUCCUGUCAGUGAACAAUCGCAGGGGGCAAAUUCUGAGAUGGCAUCAUUUCAAGAAUUACACAAAGCUAUACUUACACACCAUGCCAGACAGCUUUUGAAAUCAGCGAUCGAAUAUACCCCUGUAGUACUUAAUUCCCAAGCUUCUAACUCUGAGCAGUUUGAACCGCGAACUCCAGGCACAAUGUCAGCAGGUCAUAUCAAUCACUUACAAAUCCGAAACAGACCAGCACAUUUUGAUAGACCACGUUACAAGACAGAGACGACCCAUUCGUUUAGCGACCAAUUAGCGCAGCAAAGACAAGACAAUCGAGAUGUCUUGCUAGGAAUAAGCCCCUCUAACAAUAGACCCAUGAGAAUGAUUGUAUCCGAUAUAAACCACGGCAUAUCAGAUGUUCCCCCAAGCGAACCUCAGCUACCUGGCCACCAGGAAACAUUUCUGCACAGUCACCGCGACAACAUCCCAACGUCUAUAUCGGGGAUGCCGCUGAAUCAUCCAAUUUCCGAAGGUCAUGACGCUUUUCGAAUUUCAACAAUCAGAGUUUCCUCUCCAGUUGAAGGACAGCAGACGGCAAAUGUUGAAAGACAAUUUGGAAGUGGAAUUUCAGGUCAACCCUCAGUGCGGCAUGCUACUACAAUAAAUAGUCACUCGAGAAACCAGCAUUUCGGUCCUUCUAAUGGGCAUCAAAUUCACAAAACAGAAACACAUAACAUGGUCAACGGAGUCCAUAAACCAAAUGCUGAACUUGUUAUGAUAUCACCUAUAAUCUCUCAAACCACAACAAGAACGAACCCGCAAUCACUUCCUUCUACAACAAAUCCUAGCAUAACCGAAACGGCCAAGGCUCCGAAAAUAGGUACCAUCACCAUCAACGGAAAAGGAAACAACCCAACGGUCAUGAUAAAUGACACUGCAGUUACCCAUUCUUCCUCGUCGCAAUCAGCAAUUGCACCUGGUAUGAAUGUCUACACGUCGGCUGGUAAACGUAUAUCGCCUGUACAAUCACCUGCUGUCGGAAACACCAAUGAGACAAUAUCGGGUAAAGGUAACAAGCAAAUCACCCCUCCUCACCACCCUAUUAUCAAUUUGCACAUCAAUUUCCAUCAACCAAAUAAUCAACAACCUAGCCGUGAAUCGGUUUCACAACAACAUCCUGUAUCGCCGCCUGCGGGUAACCGUUUCGUAGCAUCUGGCCAAAACAAUCCACCAAAACAAAUCGGUUUAUCAAGAAUGAUGCCUCAUCCAAAUCAGCCUAUGUUGGAUAUGAACGUAAUCCAUAACAUCACACAGGCUGUGAUCGCCUCUUUGAUUCGUAGAAACCAAGCUGUUCCUGUGAUACAUCCACAGCAGAUUCCAUCAACCAAUAUUAACACUUCCCCAGCAGCUCAACGGCAACAGCCGAUACAAAGCCAUAAUGGUGUUAGUUCUGGAACAGCUAAUCAGAAGCCAGCUAUGACUCUCAGUACGUCAUCCGGCCACACAGCUGUUGGUCAAGCAAUACCGACAAUGCAACUGGAUGUCCAACAACAGCAGGUUAGAGGUCAUAUGGUGGCCGACAGUCAACCGCUUACUUCGGCCAGCACCAGAUCCCAGUCCGGAUUGCAAGGUCAGGUAAUCCAGAAUAUUGCUCAGCAGCAAAGCGGACCUACUUCAAACUCAAGAGGGAAAGUUCAUCACGUUGAUCCACGUCCUACAGGUAUACAAACAAAUACAAUAGGACAGCAUAUUGGAGGUAUGCAACAACAGAGUAUGAUGCAAAAUUCGCCAUCAACAAUAAACUCGAAUACCGCAUCUACGCCUAUUAUAAAUCAACAAACAGCUGACAAAGUAAACCCUGUUACAGGACCUCAACUUAUAUCUGGAAACCAGAAAACAACUCAUUCACAGAGGGUAAGCCAGUCGACGACAGCAAAUGUUCCCAAGGUCCCCGGCACUCUCAAAAUGGUUAGUACUCAGGUCACAAAUAUGAAUUCAAGACAUCAACAACAACCAGUACAACAUUCAACAAGUAGUCAAACUGUUGUCAGUAAUCAACAGUUUGCUACUCCGCUACAGACAGACGUCAUUACCAAGCCGAAAGUACAGGAUCCUACCACGAUAUUGACAAGUCAAUCAGCGGCAGGCAGACACAUACAUAUGCCUGAAAUGUUACAAGGGAUUGAUGCCAUUCCUAAUUUACAACAUUUGGCAUUACCUAAUAUGCCGUUAAACCACCCAGUGCAACAGCAGCAAAUCUUCCAAAACAAUGUUGGCCCACAUGCGACAUCUCAACAAGGUCAUCAUAUACAAACGGCAAACUUAAAGCAAGGGAUUUCUAGAGUUCCACAAACUGUGAACAUGAAGCAGCAACAGCAACACCAACAACCGCAUAUCGGGAUCGUACCGCACCAGUCUGUUAACAACCAACAAAUCGGAAACGUACCGAACCAGUCUGGAAAUACACCCAAAAUUUCGAAUCCAGGUUUCUCUUCAACAAAUACACAGCCAUUUCAUCAACACAUGGGAAGCCAAGUUCGGAUGAAUAGCUUACCAAACCAAUCUAGUAAUAUGGCCCGACAACUUAAUACCAUUACAUCUUCUACGAGUGCACACACAUCACGGAAUUCUCAUACUUCCCCACAAAACACAAGGAGCCGGGCUGGAAAUAAUAACUUACCCCAACAAACGAUCAAUUCGGCCCAGCAAUUCAAUUCCAUUUCCUCUUCACCCAGAACACAAACAUCACAAAUCAUGGGAAGUCCGAAUGGAAUAAAUAGCUUACCACACCAGAACAGUAAUACUGCCCAGCAGUUCAAUACCAUUUCAUCUCCAACAAAUGGACGAACGUCUUCGCAAAAUACCGGAAGCCAGAACGGAAUGAACAGCUUACCACAACAAACUAGUAAUACUGCCCAGCAGUUCAAUACCAUUUCAUCUUCAACAAAUGGACGAACGUCCGAGCAAAAUACCGGAAGCCAGAACGGAAUAAACAGCUUACCACAACACUCAAGUAAUACUGCACAUCAGUUUAAUGUCAUUUCAUCUUCAACAAAUGGACGAACGUCCGCGCAAAAUACCGGAAGCCAGAACGGAAUGAACACCUUACCACAACAAUCAAGUAAUACUGCCCAGCAGUUCGAGACCAUUUCAUCUUCAACAAAUGGACGAACGUCCGCGCAAAAUACCGGAAGCCAGAACGGAAUGAACACCUUACCACAACAAUCAAGUAAUACUGCCCAGCAGUUCAAUACUAUUUCAUCUUCAACAAAUGGACGAACGUCCGAGCAAAAUACCGGAAGCCAGAACGGAAUAAACAGCUUACCACAACACUCAAGUAAUACUGCCCAUCCGUUUAAUGUCAUUUCAUCUUCAACAAAUGGACAAACUUCCUCACAAAAUACCGGAAGCCAGAACGGAAUAAACAGCUUACCACAACAAUCAAGUAAUACUGCCCAGCAGUUCAAUACUAUUUCAUCUUCAACAAAUGGACGAACGUCCGAGCAAAAUACCGGAAGCCAGAAUGGAAUAAAUAGCUUACCACACCAGAACAGUAAUACUGCCCAGCAGUUCAAUACCAUUUCAUCUUCAACAAAUGGACGAACGUCUGCGCAAAAUACCGGAAGCCAGAACGGAAUAAACAGCUUUCCACAACACUCAAGUAAUACUGCCCAUCUGUUUAAUGUCAUUUCAUCUUCAACAAAUGGACAAACUUCCUCACAAAAUACCGGAAGCCAGAACGGAAUAAACAGCUUACCACAACACUCAAGUAAUACUGCACAUCAGUUUAAUGUCAUUUCAUCUUCAACAAAUGGACAAACAUCCUCACAAAAUACCGGAAGCCAGAACGGAAUAAACAGCUUACCACAACAAUCAAGUAAUACUGCCCAGCAGUUCAAUGUCAUUUCAUCUUCAACAAAUGGACAAACUUCCUCACAAAACACCGGAAGCCAGAACGGAAUGAACACCUUACCACAACAAUCAAGUAAUACUGCCAAGCAGUUCAAUACUAUUUCAUCUUCAACAAAUGGACGAACGUCCGCGCAAAAUACCGGAAGCCAGAACGGAAUAAACAGCUUACCACAACAAACCAGUGAUACUACCAAGCAGUUCAAUAGCGUUUCCUCUUCAACAAAUGGACGAACGUCCGCGCAAAAUACCGGAAGCCAGAACGGAAUAAACAGAUUACCACAACAAACUAGUAAUACUGUCCAUCAGUUCGAUACCAUUUCAUCUUCAACAAAUGGAGGAACGUCCGCACAAAAUUCCGGAAGCCAGAACGGAAUGAACAGCUUACCACAACAAUCAAGUAAUACUGUCCAGCAGUUCAAGACCAUUUCCUCUUCAACAAAUGGACGAACGUCCGCGCAAAAUACCGGAAGCCAGAACGGAAUAAACAGAUUACCACAACAAUCAGGUAAUACUGCCCAUAAGUUUAAUGUCAUUUCAUCUUCAACAAAUGGACAAACUUCCUCACAAAAUACCGGAAGCCAGAACGGAAUGAACAGCUUACCACAACAAUCAAGUAAUAAUGUCCAGCAGUUCGAGACCAUUUCAUCUUCAACAAAUGGACAAACAUCCUCACAAAAUACCGGAAGCCAGAACGGAAUAAACAGCUUACCACAACAAUCAAGUAAUACUGCCAAGCAGUUCAAUACUAUUUCAUCUUCAACAAAUGGACGAACGUCCGCGCAAAAUACCGGAAGCCAGAACGGAAUAAACAGCUUACCACAACAAACCAGUGAUACUACCCAGCAGUUCAAUAGCGUUUCCUCUUCAACAAAUGGACGAACGUCCGCACAAAAUUCCGGAAGCCAGAACGGAAUGAACAGCUUACCACAACAAUCAAGUAAUAAUGUCCAGCAGUUCAAGACCAUUUCCUCUUCAACAAAUGGACGAACGUCCGCGCAAAAUACCGGAAGCCAGAACGGAAUAAACAGCUUACCACAACAAUCCAGUAAUACCGCCCGACAGUUCAAUGUCAUUUCGUCUUCAACAAAUGGACGAACGUCCGCACAAACUUCCGGAAGACAGAACGGAAUAAACAGCUUACCACAACAAUCAGGUAAUACUGCCCGACAGUUCAAUAUCAUUUCAUCUUCAACAAAUGGACAAACUUCCUCACAAAAUACCGGAAGCCAGAACGGAAUGAACACCUUACCACAACAAUCAGGUAAUACUGCCAGACAGUUCAAUAUCAUUUCAUCUUCAACAAAUGGACAAACUUCCUCACAAAAUACCGGAAGCCAGAACGGAAUGAACACCUUACCACAACAAUCAGGUAAUACUGCCAGACAGUUCAAUAUCAUUUCAUCUUCAACAAAUGGACAAACUUCCUCACAAAACACCGGAAGCCAGAACCUGAAGAACAGCUUACCACAACAAUCCAGUCAUACCGCCAGACAGUUCAAUACCAUACCAUCUUCAACAAAUGGACAAACCACCUCAAAAAAUACCAGAAGCAUGACUGAAAGGAAUGGCUUACCACAGCAGUCUCGACGUGUUACAGGUCAGACUGUCAAUUUUCAUUCACCGCCGAUAACUCAACACAAAGCUCGUACUACAAUGAGUCAGCAUAGCACACAAUCAAGCCAACCACAGAUCAAAGCUAAGGACUUAUUAGGAAUUAAUAAUAAUCAGAGAUCGGGUACCGUCAACAAGCAGCAACUACAACAAAACCGUCAACAUAUCAAGUCAUUUGGAAAUCAGAUUGCUACAAGUCAACAUGGACAUCAAUCAAUAAUACAAUCCGCUACCAAAGACGCCCAACAAACCGAAACACGAAGUUCGUCUCUUGGAAAAUCUGUAACACAAGCUAGCCAACAUGUUAACACUCAAUCACUAAAUCCUUCCCAUCCAGUGAAUAAAAAACCUCAGUCAAUUAAGACUUCAACAAGUCAGCAAGGAGGACAAUCGCCAGUAAAUAUAAAUAUCCAACCAAAUGGAGUUCUCGUUCCUCGGCAAAUGAAUCUUGCAAAUGUGCGGCUGCCGCCGCCGAUGAACCAUCAUCAGACGUCAGUAAAUCAAGCACCAACAGCACAAAAUCCCAACACCCAAACACAAUUGCAUCCUCAACAAAGUAGUCAGAAUGUCCCAUUACCGGUCAAUCAAGCAACGGCGACAAAUCAACAAGGACAUGCGCAGUCAGUGCAACAUUUAACCUUUAGCUCGCAAACCGCAGGAAGCCAAAGUCAACACGGACAUACAGCUAAUUUACAAUCAUCCCAAUUAAAACCAUCUACUCCAGUUGCCAGGAGGCAGCCUUCGACUGUUGCACAGAGAAAAACACUAGCAUCAGAGACGACAGGUCAACAGGCAAUGUUACGUCCAAUAUUAAUUGAAAAUACGGUAUUCGCUAAUCACAUGGGACAACAAAUGAAUACAAACCCGAGACAAACAAUCAAUCAACAACGAAAUGCUCACUUUACACAGGUGCCUCAAUAUGAGCCUGUUGUCGGCCAAUCGACAAUCACUCAAUCAGCUAGUUCAAUAGCAAGUCACGGAAACACAAUAUCAAAUCAACCAAUCGAUCAGCAGAACAGCAUCAAAGAACAGAUCCAGAGUCAGGUCAGUCAGAAUGGAAAAACUACCAAAUCAACCUUAUUCCAGCCAACAACGGGAAACAAGGUUAAUCAACCAAUUAAUCAGGGUAGUAAGAUGACGUCACAAACUUCAAAUCACGGAAGCCUAACAAACACUCAACAGACAAGUUUCCAGGCCAAAUCAACUGGUCGUCAAUCGCAACAAGUUGACCUGGGAAACACAAUAUCAUCAAAGCCGACAAAUCAGCAAAAUAAUCAUCAGCAUACACAACUUUCAAACAACAAAGGAAAUGUAGUAAAUAUGCAUGAACAAUUGACUGGAAAUCAAGGAAAUACGAUAUCAUCACAAUCUUCUAGUCAAGAAAGACCCGUCUUCGGUCAAUCAGUCAUCAAACUUGAUCAGCCUCAUGAUCAUCCUAUCGGCAGUCAGAAGUCAAAUCAAGGUAAUCAACUGAAUACUAUUACAUUACCUGCGAAUGAGCAUUUGAAUACAUUUGGAGGUCAGGUUUCCGUGAACAAUCAAAUAAUACAGAAACAUAAUCCUUAUGUGCAAUCUGUCGAAAAGCAAAUCGGACAGAAAGAUAAGUUGGGACAGACAAUAUCAGUACAUUCACCCAAUCAGAAAAAUAGUCUUCGCGUGCAAUCAACAGGAAGUCAAAUCAGCCAACAGGGUAGCCAAGGAAAUACAGUUACAACAAAAACGACAAACCAAAAUACGCUGCAGACACAAUCAACAAAACAACAACCUAGUCAACAAGGAAAUACAAAAUCAGCGAAGCCUGCUAAUCUACAGAACAGUGUCAAUAUUGAAACAGGCGGUCAACCAGCCAUCCAGCUCAAUACAGCAAAUACAAAUAGAUUCGAUGUAUCUAGAGGUCAUAACUCAAUCAUAACCUCUAAUACACAUUCUCAAAAAAAUGGUCAACUUCCAGCAAGUGAAAAAAUGAUACCUCCGCCAAGCAACACUUUGAUACAGUCGUCACGAGUUACCUUGCCAUUUGGUCAAGGAAACACUAUAACAACGAAUAAGAGCAGUAACAAGGCAAUGGCCCCUACACAUUCGUCAGGUAGUCAGACGAAACCAGUAACACAACAACUCCCGAUAAGCCAAUCAAUAUCAAUGGCUUCGAAACGAGGACAGCUGCACAUCAACCAGGCAACCGCACAACAUAAAACAGGACAUGCCACGAGUCAAGUAGAACAGCAAUCCGCGAGCCAAUCACAGGGCCAGACUGUAAAACAGAUUCAAAGUCCGUCACAAGGUUCAAUCGGUCAACAAUCGCUAAGUCAGAUUACAGACCCCACUGGACAACAUAUAUCAUCAGCGUCGCGAGGUCAAGUUGGACAACAAUCAGUAAGCAAAUCAAACGUUAAACAGAUGUCUGGCCCACCUCAAGGUCAGCAACCACAAGGACAGUCUACAGGUUCCAGCGGUCAACAUGUGACAGGGCAGUCUCCACCUCAGAACCGACAAACUGGACAUCAGAUAUCUGGACAUACUAUAGGUCAACAAAGCAAACAUAUUUCGGGACAGGCAACGAGUCAAACUGCACAACAGACAUCUGGAGGCCAAGGUACGUCUUCAUCUUCAACAAAAUCGAGACAAGUUGUGGGUCUUCAACUGUCAAACCAAGAAACUAAAUCACAAUCGGCCUCACCGAGCAAACCUCAAACAGGACACCCUAAGCCAGAAGGUCAGCAUGCAACUGUUAAUCCUAAUCAUAUUGACAGAGCUGCUAAUUUGAACUCGAAUAGUCAUUCAUCUGGAAGCUCAAGUCUGAGCCAUUUGCCAUCAUCAAGUAUUCAAGACAAUAUAUUGGCUUCACAGAAUAUACAGCACAGCAGUCCAAUUGGAUGGGUUUCCCCAAUCGUGUCAAGCAUAAAUCGAAAUCAACCACAUGGACAUAGCAAACUCGGUCAGCAAAAUGGACAUCCUGAGACAUUUCAGCCUACCUCGAUAAUUUCUACUGCACAAAUGGAAAAAUCGACACAGAAGAAUAGUCACACAACUAGUAACAUAGCAAAGACAAGUACCCCGAGACAGAAAACGGAUGUCAUUCAGACCAUGCAAACGAGAGGCCUUUUUAAACAAGCAUUUGCUGAUCCAGUCCAGGUUCAAACGAAUUCUAAUACUAAUCAACAAGAUAUUAAACCGGUUGUAAGUGAACACUCAAUGAUUCCAAAGCAACAUAAAAUGGCGAACAGUAAAAAGUUUGCAUCAACUCCAGGUCAAAAGCUAGGCACCCAGCCAGAAAUUGUUUCCUCUGUUCCUAGUCGCAGAUCUUUUAAUCAUAAUCAAGCUACGGCACAAGGAGGAGGUGGUUCACCUGCGUUAUCGAGUGGGAAUACAGUACUAUCUGAUAUUCGGAAUAGUGAGAAGACAGCCGGAAAAUCUGUGUUACGAAUCGGAACUAUCAAUCCUAUCCACAGUCCAAUAGCGUCUGCAAGUCCUGGUAGUACGAAGGGUCAGCAUCAUACUCACGCCAGCAAUACAGCAACAGUUGGGCGACAGGUAAAUACGCUAAGUAUUACACAGGACACACACCUUCCACUUAACAGCGCUUCGUCGAGUACAAUACCUCAUGUCAGUCAACAUAAUAGUCAUAUACCUUCAAACGGAAUAAUCACGCCGCAACACAGUCCUAAAAAUAAUGUAUUGCCAGCUCAAAUGGGGACGCCUCAAAGUGGUAAACAAAACAGCCCGGUGACACCGCAAAUGAAAUCGACUCAGAAAGUUCAACAAAGCAAUCAAGUUACAUCGCAAACUAGGGCGCCUCAGAAUGGACAACACAAUAGUCCCAAGCUUGCUCUGAAUGGACAACAAAACACUCCUGUGAAUUCUAAAAUGAAGGCGUCUCAGAAUGGACAACAAAAUAGCCCCGAGACGGCUCUAAAUGGACAACAAAAUAGCCCUGUGAAUUCGCAAUCGAGAGUGUCUCCACAUAAUCAGCAGAGCGGCCCUGUUACUUCUCAAGUGAUGAUAUCUCAGAAUCGACAAGGUAAGCCACCCAUGUUACUACUCAGAAUGGACAACGAAACAGUCCUGUUUCUUCUCAAGUUAUGGCUUCUCCGACAGGUCUUGGGCAACAAAACAGCCUUGUUACCUCUCAAAUGA